GAAUUCAUAAUGCAACAGACGAUGUACCGGAUAAAAGACCCCAAAGUCUCACUUGACUUUUACACCAGGGUUUUAGGAAUGAGGUUGUUACAUACUUUCGAUUUCCCCAGUAUGAAGUUUUCCUUAUACUUUAUGGGAUACUGCAAGCCUGAAGACAUCCCUGCCGAUCGAGCUGAAAGAGCUAAAUGGUGCUUCCAACAGAGUGGCACAAUUGAACUGACCCAUAAUUAUGGGACAGAAUCUGACCCAGAGUUCAAAGGUUACCACAAUGGUAAUUCUGAGCCAAAAGGUUUUGGACAUAUUGGACUGUCUGUCCCUGAUGUUGAGGUUGCUUGUAAGCGAUUUGAAGAACUAGGAGUAAAAUUCAUCAAGAAACCGAAUGCUGGUACAAUGAAAGGGCUGGCCUUUAUACAGGAUCCUGAUGGCUACUGGAUAGAGAUACUAACUGCUCAUAAGAUGGCAACAAUAUAGACACUGUGUAUUUUAAUAUCAGACUUACAUUGAUUAGAAUACUGUACAAUACUUUUAAGAUGGAUAAUUUUAUUUUUAAUUCAGUGAAACAAAAUAGUAGUAUACUAUAAGUAAUGUAUUCAUUAUUUCUUUAAAAAUAAGUAAAAUAAAUUAAUACAAUUACUUAUUUAAUCACUUGUUCUUUUUUCGUACAUACAGUAUUCAUUGUUGAUAGAACAAAAAAAUGUUAUGCUAUUGUAAACAUCGCCAUAAAAAAAAGAUAUAUAAA